AUGAAGAAUGGUGAAAGUCAACCUCGAUGUUUUCGUGACUGGAAAAACGCUACAGCAAGAAUUGAGAGUCAUGAAAAUUCGUUAUAUCACAGAACGAACGUUAGCAGUCUGAAAGCAAGAGGCAAUGUAGGAACCCGUCUGGAAAACACACUGAUCCAACAAAUGAAUAAAGAGAUAUCAUACUGGAGAAAUGUUUUGAGAAGAGUGGUUGCAGUUGUGAAAUAUCUAGCUGGAAGAGGCUUGCCAUUCCGAGGAAACAUCGAACAAAUCGGAAAUCCGCAUAAUGGGAAUUUUUUAGCAUCAAUGGAGUUAAUUGCUCAAUUUGAUCCAUUUCUUGCCAAGCACCUGCAACUAAAUGCUCACGUUGAUGAAAUCCUAACCGAAACGAAACUUUCCAAGUACUUUGAAAUAAGCGUUGACUCGACGGCUGAUAUUGCGCAUGUUGAUCAACUGACUUUGAUCAUAAGAUAUGUCACAGAAAAUGGUGAGCCAGUGGAGAGAUUUAUAGCGUUUAUAGCGAAUUCCGGGCAUAAGGCUGAGCAGUUGACGGACACAGUUUUGAACGCAUUGCGCCACAAUAUGUCUGGCUCUUACACUGGAUUGCAAACGAGAAUUCGCAAAUUGAAUCCAUUGGCUGAUUAUAUUCCAUGUGCCGCUUCUACACAUCGCUGGGAGAUCCUUCUCUCGCACGUCAACAGAGUACUAAAGAAACUUUCUGCCACUCGUUGGUCUGCCAGGUAUGACGCUUGUUACGCUUUACAUGAUGAAUGGACUGGCGUGAUCGAAGCUCUUGAAUGCAUGGCUGAGGAUGAACAAGAAAAGCCAAAAACACGUUGCGAGGCUAGAGGAAUUUUGUCUCAGUUACAACAAUUGGAAACUGCGUCCUUGGUCGCUCUGUGGACUGCGAUUUUGAAGAGAUUCAACAGCGUGAGUAGAAAACUUCAGGAAGAACGUAUAGAUCUAACAACCGUUCUGCAAUUGUUUUCAUCACUCGCUGAAUUCUUACAAGACUUGAGAAGUUGUCCUGAUCAUUUCACAUAUUACGAAAAUAAGGGAAAAUCGUUAUGUGGAUUGCAAAACUACGCAUACGAUUCGCGUCGCAGAAAAACCAGAAAACUUCAAGUCGACGAAACCAGAGAAGGUGAUAUGCAGCCGGACAACGGUCGAGAACAUUUCAGAAUCAAUGUAUUCAAUACGAUCAUUGAUACUUUGAGCGCAGAAUUACAGCGCCGAAGUCAAGCUUACCGUCAGCUGCAACAAAAAUUCAACUUUCUGGAUCACCUCUUGACGUUGGAUUCGAAUGAAAUUGCAACUGGUGCUAAGGAUCUCGUAUCCAAAUAUCCUGAAGACUUGGAAGAAAGUUUACGCGAAGAAUGCAUUCACCUCAGCAGCCUCUUGAAAACCAUAUUGCGUGACGACAAUCAGAACUCGAUUACGGCACUGCAGGUGUGUAAAAUUUUACGAAAGAAUGGGUUACGCGAGAUGUAUCCGAACGUAGAUAUAGCAUUGCGAAUUUUCCUCAGCAUGCCUGCAACUAACUGUUCAGGUGAACGCUUAUUUUCAACCUUGAAGAGAGUGAAAAGUUAUUUACGAGCUAGUAUGGAGCGAGAAAGAUUAAAUGCUGUCGCGUUACUAACUAUCCACGCCGAAAAAUUACAAAAAAUUGACUGCGAAGAAAUGAUCGAUCAAUUUGCAGCAACGAAAUGCUCAACGCUGGCUCAAAAACCCCAUGGUGGAACGAUCCCCAACCCUGUUGCCACUGGAUUAGCGGUAACUAAUGGCUGGUACCGAAAUUUAAAGGGAAGAAAUAAAGAGCCAAAGAGCUUCAGGCGACGGCUAUCACCGAGUGACGUGACAGGUGUGGUGAGACUUGGCCGAGGGACAAGAGGAUCUUGUACGAACGCAACGGAAAUUGAUGGAGGGAUUCUCUAUCAAUCAAGGCCAAUAGAGUUCUCUUCGCCUCUGCAACACCAUUCGAUAAUUUAUACCUGUAGGCUCUAUUAA